AUGGGUGACAAAAAGAAUCAUUUAGUCAUUACUACAACAGAUAUUGAAAAUCUGUCUUGUGUAGUUAGUGUCAUGUCAUAUUUCUCAGAGGCCACAAAUAUACUCCAGUGUGACCAAGAACCAACAUUCAAUCGCGUUAUUCCAGUAAUAGAUUCUUUGGAAAAUGCUCUAAUAAGUUGUUCUCGAGCUAAUGCAGCCAAGAAUGCAUUGUGUGAAGCUCUACUACACAGUCUACAAAAUCGUUUUUCUUACUUACUCACUUCUUCUCUUCACCAAGCAGCAACAGCUCUUGAUCCUAGAGUAAAACUUACUUUUACAAGUGAUGCAUCUCCUCCUGGAAAAGUUUUCAUUUUUAGCUCCAGUGCUGUUAAAGAAAAGGUGAAAGAGCUGCUGCCUCAGUAUAAAGCUGAAGAAACUGUUAGCAAUAUCAGUGUAGAAACUGUAGAUUCUGAACCUUCACGAAAAAAGAGUCUUCUAGACUUUGGUACUGCAAGCCAGAGGCCUUCAAGUAUAAAUAAUGAUGCUGUAGAAUUAGAAGCCUAUUUUGCUCACCCUAUAUUGGAUAUUAAGCCUUUGAAGUUCUUGAUGGAUAGGCAAGAUGGACCGUUACAAUCAUUAGCAAUGCAGCUACUCACCAUACCUUGCAGUUCUUCAGCUGAGCGUUUGUUUUCUAAAGCUGGGAUUGUCUUAAGCCAGCGGCGUAGUCGUCUUCAAAGUACCCUCAUUGAGCAAUUACUUUUUUUCAAAUAA